AAGUGAGAAAAUGUAUAGUCUUAUUUUCAUUUUGACUUUCUUCUCGGUUUAUUCCAAGUCAUUGGUCUACAUUCCUCUCCACAAGUGGAAUCAUUGAAGUCCAAGUUGUUGAAAGAAGGAAAAUGGAGCGACUACAAGCUACAACAAGAUCAGUUGAGAUCUGAUGCAUAUGCUGCAGGAGUUGAUGAUUAUGAGCAUGCUGGAUACGUGGGAAAAAUUACUGAUAUUGUAGACCUGGGCCAAAUGUUUCCGUGUCGUGUAUGACCCAACAAAAGUUCAUAUCUUCCAAGUUCUACUUAUACGAAAUUCGGAACUUUUCAUACGGUUCCGACAGUGCCAGUGGUAUUCUGGGAUUUGAUACUGUUUCAUUUGGUGGAAUAUCUGAAAGUCAAUUGAUUGUUCCAGACACUGUUGUUGCUACAGCAGUGUGCAUUCCUUCAUUUUUUGAGCAGGAAGAUAUCGAUGGAAUCAUGGGUCUCGGAUUCUUAGCUAAUUCACAACAAAAUAUUUAUCCUCCGUUUGUUAAUGCAGUUGGGCAAAAACUGGUUGAUCCAAUAUUUCAUGUUUAUCUUGGGAAUCGUCCAAAUAGAGCUGGACAAAUCACUUUUGGCGGACAAGAUACUCAGAACUGUGCAAAAGUAAAACAGUAUCACCCAUUGACGACAGGUGCUGCUUAUCAGUUUUAUAUGACGUCAGUAUCGUCCGGAGCUUAUUCUGCAAGGAAUGGAUGGACUGCUUUAUCAGAUACAGCAAGCUCUAUUAUCUAUGGACCCAAAGCUAUCGUGGCUGGAAUUGCUGAUGCAGCAGGAGCCACUUGGGAUUCAAAAAACGAAGUUUAUCUAAUUGAUUGCGAGCCAAAAAUUCUUUAAGUUAACUUCACAAUUGGUAGUACAAUUUACCAAGUUUCUCCUCAAAACCUCAUUCUUCCGUUCCCUGACAGCAUUGUUCAAACUUGUCAAAUGGUCUUCCUGCCAUUUACAAAUAACGGAUUCGGGCCAUCGUGGGUGCUAGGGAGUCCAUUUAUUCGCGACUUUGUGCAUUGUAUGAUAUGGGAAACCAACAAAUCGCAUUUUCUGCCAGCUUGCAUUAAAUU